AAAUGUAAUGUGUUUAUUCGUGUUUUACGGUAGCGGUUACGUAAAACGGAAGUUGGGACGACAACUUCCUUGGUGACAAGCAGCUUGCUUGGAGAUGGCUGGUUAGCAUGUAGCUAAUUGUUACUUCGGAAGAUAUUUUCUGAAAUUUCUCAAUUACUAAUAAACAGAGUCCAUGUUUGGCGUUAUGGGUGUAGUGGAAACUAAACUGUGAAACUAACAUUGUUUUUACAGCUGAUUUAACUAUUUAGCUCCGGAUCCGUUCACCGAACCAUGUCUCCGCUAGCCAAAUGAUUAUUAGCCGUUUGAAUUCACUUCCCGUCCUCCUCCUGUAUGGACACUUGGCUCUUUCAGCCACAGAUUCUGACUUUACCAUCUCCAGCCAAACAAAUGGAGGCCCUUUCGGUUCACCCACCCCGGCUCCGGGAGUUUCGGGGGCCACAGAGGAAGGCACUCUUUAUCCCACUUUGGGCACAGAAACUCCGUCUCCAACCACCGACCAAACUCGGAUGUCAACACAGGGUGACCCACAGAUUUGUCUCUGUGAUCUAACUCCUGAUUUCUGCGACAUCGGCUGCUGCUGUGACACAGCUGAUUGUGAUGUUGCCAACCUAUCCACCAUCUUCACCGGCUGUCCAAAAGAAGACGUGAAACAAGUUUGCAUCGAAAAAUGGCUGAUGUUCAGAGCCAACGUGGAUUCAUCACUCGUCACGGUGACGGACACAUUGUUUUGUGUUCAGGCAGAAGCAGCAGAGCCGCCGUCUCUUCCUGCUGUGACUCGGUAUCCAUCGUCAGGUGAUGUCUACCAUUUCUCACCUCGAGAAUAUCCGAUCCCAGAAUACAGGAGACAUUUUCACCAGGUUGAUGAUCUUAUCCAGACGUUUUGGUACAACUUCUCAGUGCAAGGCCUCCUCCAUCAGCCGGCUCCGGGUGCCGCUUCUUCCUUCUGCUUCAACCGUAACCCUGCCAAGUUUUUGAGAUCUACGUCGCUGUCUUGCACCCGGAUGGUGACCUCUCAGUCCUGCACCACCGAUCCGGAUCUCAGCUCCAGCUCUUACUAUUUUAACAUGAGUCUCGUAACGGUUCCAACAACUGACACCAUAAAACUAACAUCGGAUCUUUUGGUCCCUGUUACUCCGCUGUCUGACUGGCCUGCACCUGUCAAACAAAACGGCUUUUGUUUAAAUGUUGUGAAAACGGUAGAGUUUUUGGUUUACUACACACCCAGAGGGGAGCUGACGAACGCAUCCAUCAACUUCACCCUGACUGACGUCCCUCUUCAGCAGCUCGUGCUCCAGACUCACUCUGUAGAAUUUCAUCAGGACACACCCAGGCCCCCUCCUGAGAAACCAAAACUACCUGCAGUUGGACUGAGAGCGGGAUCUGCCGUCAUGGCGCUUAUUAACGGAGAAAUGCAGACGUUGAAGUCACUUGGAGUUUCAGAAGCUGGCAGGUGUUCCUCUGAUCCCAGCAGGCUAUCGCCCGUCCUCUUCACACACAACACCAUCAAUGGCUGCACAUUCAGUUCUGAAACUCAGAAUUGCACUGAGCUGCGUUCACAGAUUUAUGAGAUCUUCCGAGGAUCCACUGCUCCAGAUGAGAUCGCCAUGAACUCGGGCCUCCAACCGAACUGGACGAGAGUCCUGAUACAGGACUGUCAGAUCGAUCCGCAGGAGUCAUGUAAAUCUGGCUGCGACCUUCCUGUUUCUUUCUCCAUCCAAAUUGUUUGGGCUCGUCAGGGAUUCAUCGAGGUUCCUCAGAACUACAUCCUGGGAGCCAAAUUUCUCUUCCGCUGUCAAAACGUCCAGUGUCCGUUAUCAUCUCCUCUCACCCUGACGGCCAAAGCCACGUUCGUAGAAACCACCGUUUACCCAGAAGCCCCCAGAGGGGUUCCUCAGCCUCACUGGAGGUUUCCGUUCGGCUUCUUCACGAGAGGCGCCGCGGAGCUGGACGGCCAUCUUGACACGAGCGGCAGCAGCGCUGAGAAGGUCUCAUGGAGUUUAAUGGCGUUCCCACUGUUGCUGCUAUCAGAGUUAGGAUUCCUCACGUUACAGAAACUUUGAAAUAACAUAGAAAUGUUUUAAUUGUGCAGCUAUUUUUCAAAAAUAAAACACUAUUUUACAUAACAAAUGCACAGAAGAGGAUUAGGGCUAA